CCAGCCUGAUCCCAGCUUGGCUGCGUUGUUUGGGGACAGUCCGAAGAUGGCGACGGCCCAGCUGUACUGCGUCUGCCGGCAGCCGUACGAUGUGAGCCGGUUUAUGAUAGAAUGCGAUAUAUGUAAGGAUUGGUUUCAUGGCAGGUAAGAAAUGAAACAAUUUCUUCGUGAUGUGGAUUGUCAGACGGGUAAUGAAAAAUAUCCAACGCAUCGAUACCCAAGCGUAUGAAGAAGACCUAUGGCACUUCGGGGUGUCAGUAGCUGUGUUGAGCGGAGCUCGCGCGUCAUGAGAGAAUUCCACGCGCCGCUUUGUCAAAAUUUCCAAGCGUUGCACGCCAGCUUUGGCAUUUUCGUGGUGUAAACACUCAGGUUUCGUGCAUGUUGGUAAUUUCCUUUCUUGCACCGUUACAGUUUUGUCUUAAGAACUGACAGUUUUUAUGUACCCCAGCAAUUUGGGCAGGAAAAUAAGUUCACGUAGGGUUGUCUCGGUAGUUUUGUGGCGAAGAGUGUCAGCUGACACGAGCUAUGUGUAGGAAAUAAUACACAAAAAUGUAAAGUUAAAACUUGUACUGCUUUUAAGUGAACUCAUGCAUCGUGUUUGCUAAAUGCUGUAAACUGUACUUGCUUAACAGUAACGUUAGAUGAGCAUUCUCAAAACAAGAGUUUAAAAUGAUUUAAACUGCACUUAUUACACUCUCCGCAUUUAUUUGAACAUCAAAGGUAAACAGUUGGUAGUGUAAACAACAUCUGGAAAUUUUCGUGACGUGGGUUGCCUUUAUUUGAAUUCAGUCCAUCUAUGGCAACUGUUCUGACUUUUAUUACUCCUCGUAAAUUAAAAUGCAUAUCAGGUUAUUUCUUUGUUGGAUAAUCCGGAGCCACGGGCAAGACAGUCUGUGAAGCGUGAGGAAACGUGGGGGGUUUCGUUUAAAAGUUACACGGGGAGGGGGGUAACUAAACAAAGACGUGUGGUUGAGUUUACGAGAUCAGACCCUCGCCUACUUCUCCCGCUUUUAAAUGCACGUGCGUUACAGAUUGCUUGGAAAGUAUAUCCUACUUUUUGGGGCUGGGUUGUUUAAUGCCAGUUUUAAGUAUAAAAAGACACGUUUGUAAAGAAGCACAGCUUUGAGAUUUCUGUGAUUGUUUGGUCUUUUUGAUUGACAGCAGGGGUCGGGCAUUUAAAUCCCCCAGUUUUACAAAUAUGGGCAUGUGGUUCCGCCUCUUAAAAAGACAGGCGCAUCUUUAACGUGUACAGCGUGGAGUUAUGCCCAGGCAUGAAAUAGCCUACAUGAAGUGAAAUUUGCUUCUUUAACCCUAAAAUUUAAGCGUAAGGAAUACAUAAAUAUUAUAAAAUAUACAUAUAAUAUUUUCUCUGUCCCAGUGUGCCUUUUGUUUACACUUGUAGUAUUUUUACUUUUUUAAAUUAAAUUACUCAAAUGGCUUUUAAUUUUCAAUGCUAAUGUCUACAUAAAAUCCACAUAUAUGUUUCAAGAUUUUAUUGGACAAAUAGAGGUUUACUCGCAUUUAAAUUGCAUAUAGUGUCAAAUUUUGCCAAAGGUGUGCUGUAUCGCUGCAACAUCUCAACGGUGCCAUGUAGAUAAACUGGGGUAAUCAUAUUUGUGGGAUGCAUGGUUGAUGUGUUUUGUGUUACUUAGAUCUUCCAUGCAGCACUGCAGACUGCCACCAAUGGGAUUAGCUAUCUUGCCGGCUGCCGGGCCUGGGCUGUUAUCUGGCUCAGUGCACAGCCUGCUUUGGGAGACAGGAGCCACUGAAGGGCUCAGAGGAUUACGAAACCCCAUGCAUGAUAUAGUAACAAGAGUCACAGCAUUAUUACAGACAUCUAGUUUUAACCUUGCAAAACUACCCAUGCAUGCCUUGCCUACAUGCAUGCAGGCCGUUCUUACCAGCUUCAGUUUCAGUAUAGUUUGUUUAUCCCUAAGCAAAUCACUCUAAAUCAGGUCUGUAAUCUUUGAUUUAGUUUGCGUUCCUCGUUUCUUGAAUAAUUUGUGGAUUUGCAUGCUUGAUGUACAUGCGUGGGUUUCUAUAUGUGUGUUUGUAGGAGGAUGAAGAUUGAUGGCGGCGUCAUUGGCCAGAGGCAAGUUCAAAGCCCCAUUUAUCAACGUCCUUCAGAGGUUGAAAACACAGAGGAGAGAUAGAUGGUUUCUGUCUUUCAGUCUAGGUUUUUAGUGGGAUUGUUCCGGUUGAAAAGUCACCCCCGCCUCUUUCCUCUGCUCUGUAUGGAACGUUAGCAAUUCUUAAUGAUGAUAAGAUACCACGGUCACCAAGACAUCUAUGUGAAAUGCACUGUGAUCACAUGCUGCUUCACUAGGGUAUAUGCGCAACGUAUUUCCGCAUUCCUGUUAAACAUAGUAGAUCGUUUCCGGUUCUGUAUGAUCUACGCUGACAUGGUGCUGUUUUCAUGGAUGAAGCCUCCAGAAGCUACCACAGACGAGAUAAUCGAUGUCCAGUGGAUAUGCUCGUUAACAUCUUAAAUCUUUUUUUAUAUACUUUAUUGCAUUCCACAGGCAUUUUCUUCUCGCAUACAGUCAGAUAUUAGAAUAAAAAAGAACAUGGCACAAAUAAUAAUACUGCGAAUACAACAACAAGCUACGAUACCACAUGCCGGCAACCGGAAGCAAUCAACCCAGUUUAACUGUUUGGUCAUGUGACAUUUUGCGUAUAAAGGCCCUGUCACAAAUGGCGCAAUUCAUGUGGACUUUCGGUCUUGUGCCCUUAAAUUGCGUGUGCUCGCUUAGUCUACGAGUCCAUAGGGUGUCCCAUCUGUCAUUUUUACGCUUCGAAGAGUGCUCAUCAGUGCCCCCUUGAUGCGGUCUUUGGCGAAGCCAACACUGCAGCAGGCUUCGCGCACUACCAACCCAGAAGUCCUUGCGAAAGAGCAAUCAGACGACUGAAGGGAGGAGUUUACACUGACUGGGAACCUCUCUCUUCCUAUUUCCGGUUUGACGCUCGACUCCAGUGCAACCACGUGCACUCCCUAAAGUCUGCACUACAUGAUGUCAUCAAAGUGUGGACUCUGAGGAUGUACACAAGUCAGGAGUGUGCCAUUUGGGAAAGGGCCAUCGUAUUUGGAGAAAACCAUCUGGCAGUGACGCAAAUUUCGUCAUCAGAAGAGUGCGUGUGUACUACAGACGUGCCACCAGAUUUGUUAAACCCCACAUUGUACGCAUGGGUCGCGCAUGCGCGUACAGAAGAAUGCAGUAAGACCCUGUCCCAAUUGGCGCACCUAAUGUGGACUUUCGCUCUAGUGGCCUUAAAUUGCGCGUGCUCACUUAGUCUAUGAGUCCGUAGGGUGUCCCAUCUGUCAUUUUUACGUUUCGAAGUGUUGCUCAUCAGCGCCCCCUUGAUGCGGUCUUUGGCGAAGUCUAAACUGCAACAGGCUUCGUGCACUUUACCAACCCAGAAGUCCUUGCGAAAGAGCAAUCAGAAGACUGAAGGGAGGAGUCUACACUGACAGGGAACUUCUCUCUUCCAAUUUCCAGCUUGACGCUCGACUCCGGUGCAACCACGUGCACUCGCAUCAAGGGUCCCUAAAGUCUGCACUACAUGAUGUCAUCAAAGUGUGGACUCUGAGGAGGACCACAAGUCCGGAGAGUGCCAUUUGAGACCGGGCCACCGUAUUUGGAGAAAACCAUGUGGCAGUGACGCAAAUUUCGUCAUCAGAAAUCUGUGUUGAGGUAGAAGAGCACUAUGCCGUGGACAUUGAUGUUUACCAUUGUCCCAACUGUGACGUCCUUCAUGGACCCUCCUUGAUGAAGAAGCGAAACAACUGGCACAGACACGAUUACACAGAGCCAGAUGAUGGCAGUAAGCCGGUGCAAGCCGGCACAUCUGUAUUUGUCAGGCAGUUACAGACCAGGACCUUCCCCAGUGGGGAUGAGAUCUUGCAACCCAUGCAGGGCAGUCAGGUCACUCAGCGGUAUCUGGAGAGGCACGGCUUUCGCUAUCCCAUCGCCGUGCACAAAAUGGAAGGGCUUGGCCUCAGGUUACCUCCACCGGAUUUUUCUGUCAAGGAUGUUGAGCGCUAUGUCGGAGGCGACAAAGUGAUUGACGUCAUCGAUGUGGCCAGGCAAGCGGAUAGCAAGAUUAAACUGAAGACGUUUGUCAAGUAUUACUACAGCCCUCAGCGGCCGAAAGUGCUAAACGUCAUCAGCCUGGAGUUUUCAGACACCAAGAUGUCCGAGCUGGUGGUGGUGCCAGAUAUCGCCACGAAGAUGUCUUGGGUGGAGAACUACUGGCCAGAUGACUCUUACUUUCCCAAGCCCUUCGUGCAGAAGUACUGCUUGAUGGGCGUGAAAGACAGCUAUACUGACUUCCAUAUUGAUUUCGGGGGCACGUCUGUAUGGUAUCACGUCUUGUGGGGGGAGAAGAUUUUUUACCUAAUAAAACCGUCCCCGACUAACCUUGCACUAUAUGAGGAGUGGAGCUCGUCCCCCAACCAGAGCGAAGUCUUCUUCGGAGACAAAGUGGACAAGUGUUACAAGUGUGUUGUGCGACAGGGAACCACGCUUCUGAUACCUACAGGAUGGAUCCAUGCGGUUCUCACCUCUCAAGACUGCAUGGCAUUCGGAGGGAACUUCCUUCACAACCUCAACAUAGGCAUGCAGCUCAGGUGUUAUGAGAUGGAGCGGCGUUUGAAGACUCCAGAUCUCUUCAAGUUUCCUUACUUUGAGGCUAUUUGCUGGUAUGUGGCCAAGAAUCUACUGGAGACUCUGAAAGAAUCUCGAGAAGAUAACUGCCUGCCUCCAGACUAUCUGAUCAAGGGAGUGAAAGCUUUGAUCAGCGCACUAAGGAACUGGCUAAAGAGAGAGGUCACAGAACCGGCCAGCGAAGUCCCUGACCAUAUCAGACCCAACCAUCUCAUUAAAAUGCUCACCAAGGAAAUCCACUACAUUGAGGAGUAUCAGAACGGGAACUGCGGAAACAAGCUAAUGAAAUCUCUGGAAAGCUCGGUUUGCCCAUCCACGAGGUCAUCGCACGAGAGAGGGUCUCAAGCACGCAAGAACGCCAGACGCCUUCGUGACCACCACCAAAACAAUCAUCAUCUUCAUCACUCUCAUCACCCCAGAGUUCCCUCCUACCUCGACAUCUUCGAGCAGCACACUCAAGAAGUCUUAAAGCAACUGGAGAUGAGUCCUUAUGAAGAGGUCAAUGCCAAGUUCAACAUGGUUUCCACAGCCUCAGCUGCAAUGGCGGAGCGGAGUUUGGUCAAUGAUUUGCGUCUGGUGCUGUGCAAUGGGCGUAUUAUCAAAGAUGACAAGCAGUAUGUGAGAGAAAAGAAGCCAAGGAUAAAGGAAGAGGAGAGAUCCGGAGAUGCAAAGAGGGUAGUAAAAGAGGACCAACAGGAGGUGGAUUUUCGAUUAAAAGAAGAGGAGCAUAAACGCAGUCAUGUAUCCAGAGACGUCAAGCCUAUCUCCUUCACAGAUUUUAAAAAAGAGAGUUCAGAUGUCAGGUACAGAAGAUCGAUUCAUUCAGAUGUCUCAUCAGACUCAGAAUCAGAAGUACAUCAGAAGUACACCAAACGGAGAAAGAUUUGCUCUGAGGAAGAAUCGGAAAGCUCAUCGGAGGAAGAUGAUGAUGAAAAGAGAGGCGACCAAAAUGAAGGCAAAAGUAGCUCCAGCUUUACGAUGGAUACGAUUCACUCCAGACAGAGACUUGGCCACUUUGAAAAAUGUCUUAAAAGUGAAUCCUCGCCGAGCGCAGAGGAUGAUGCUAUCCAGGGGAUGUUGACUAUGGCCGGGUUGCUGUAUUCUAACCAAUCAGAAGAUCCCACCAGCUCGCAGGAGUCCUGGUGGUCUAGAGCCAACCAUUCCUCUCCUGACUACAAUAGAAAGGAGGUUGUAUCAGAAGAGGAGAACCAGGAUUCUGACAGCAACUCUUCACUUAGUAAUAAGGAGUUCAGGGAGCGCAAGCAUUCGGAAGGAGAUUUUCAUGCCGAACUCAAGCAUAGGAUCCAGGAACAUAAUAACUUCAUAGACAGUCAGGGAAGUGGAAGCAACAGCAGCAGUGAAGCCUGGAGCAGUCGCACACACUCCCCGGCACACGGAGAAAGCCCAACAAUGGGAUACCAAUACUGUGAGACGUCACUCUCACCACCCCUGCACCCCACCAAAAGACCCGCCUCAAAUCCUCCACCAGUCAGCAAUCAGGCCACCAAAGGUAAACGUCCUAAGAAAGGAAUGGCUACAGCCAAGCAGCGAUUGGGCAAGAUUCUCAAACUGGGCAGACACAAAUCCUUCUUUGUGUAGUUCCCCCGGUGAAGAUUUAGGAUGCUAAACGUGAGAUGUUUGUGCGCCUAUGAGAGUUCAUUCACACAACCACUGAUAUUGACUCGGGUGGGUUUUAUAGGUGACAGGGUAUACAGUGUGCAUGGCUCUACACAAACAAAAGCAAACAGAAAGCGUGGUUCUUCACUUCAUUAUUGACAAAAUAAGCUUUGAAAGAUAUAUAUAUAUAUAUAUAUAUAUAUAUAUA